AUGUUGAUGUAUAGAGUACACUUUUAUGCCAGAAAUACACCUGCCCGUGACCUUAGAAGCAACUGGCGAGUGUGUCAAGCGACCCCACCAAUACCCGUUGACCCCGCCCUCAACCAUCUCCAACAUCCCAACCAUAUAAAUCCUCUGCUCUUGACUUUUACGUCUCCAUAUACUCAAAGGCAAAACCCCUCCAAAUCCAAAAUGUCCGACAUUACCCCCUUCAUCACCGUCCUGGAGGCCGCCCAAAAGAAAGAAAAGUUCACCCCCGAGGUCCAAGAAGCCGCCGCCGGCAUCGACACCGCAGCUCUCAAGGAGAUCUUCGCGAAGGUCGCCGAGCAGGGAGAGUUCGAGAAACUCGAUGAUGCCGCCGAGGCCGAGACCCUCCGCAAGGCCUUCGAGUUCGCCGCCAAGGCUGUUAUGAUGCUGAAGUCUUCCCCCGGUCUUAUGGAGAAGAAGGACCUCUACAUCUACUUCAAGGUUGGCAAGGGUGACGUUAUGGAGAAGCCUGGCACGUUCGAUUUCCAGAAGAAGCAGCUCUACGGUGCUUGGGAGAAGGUCAAGGACUACAGCCCCGCUAAGGCUCACCAGCUCUACAUCGGUCACGUCAACACCUUUAUUACCAAGUACGGUACCCGCGACGAAUAG